AUGGUCUUCCCAAACGAGUCUUUUACGGCGCAUGGAGGAUGCCAAUGCAAGGCCGUUCGUUACCGAGUGUCCGUACCGGCUUUCCAGGAGCGUGCAUCAGCACCGGGCCUUCUGCCUGGCAUGAAGAGCGCGGAGGAUGUCCGACUUCCCAUGUCAACGGUAUGCCACUGCAACAGCUGUCGCGGGGCAACUGGGCAGCUCGCGGCAUUCGGGAUUGCCUUCGAGAAGGCCCAUGUGGAACUGUCCAUUGUUACCAGAGCAGAGGCCGAGUCUGGCCUGCCGCUAGACGGAGAUAGGCAUUGGGCUUCUGCCGUGGCGCUCCUCGACGAUCAGGAGCAACUGGAGAAGCUAUCGGUUAGCCUGUACGAUUCCUCUUCAAGGCGCCGCAAGAUUUUUUGCCCCCGGUGUGGGGUUUCUAUCGGCCACACUACCGACACGCGCUCUAUUCCCCCAGAAUGGGGGUGGCCAGAUGCCAUGGCCAUCAUGACUCCCACAAUUGAUCGCGAGUUCCUAUCAAAGGAUUGGUGGAAGCCCGAAAGGGCCACGUGGACGGCAUGUGGCAUCCCAUGGGUUAGGGACCUGGCGAGAGGCGGACUGAGUGGCCUCAUAGAACAUCCGCUGGCGUUCCGGGACAAAUUUAUUGGCGACGAUAUCGGGGCGGAGCUCGAAUUGUUCAAGACUUUGGGGGAGAGCGUCGACAUUACCAUUUCCCAGUAG